GCCGCCGUGACCUCCGAGAUGUGUGAUCGCCCAGAUGGUUGUCUCCGGCCAUUAUUAGGUGUGCGGUCAUAUUUAAUGCUUCCAUUGAGCUAUUGCUUCGUGGCUCCUGCUGUCUGACUUGCGAAGAUGCUCUAGUUGUCCCUCUGAGUUGUUCCGUCACUCAUACAUAUCGCUCCUCCGCCGCGGCAUCGCCUUCGCGCCUCCGAUGUCGUCACCCCAAAAUGGUCUUCACAGGCAGCACUUAAUAUCGCCAUCCGAUGGUCGUCCGUCUUCGCAUGAGUCGUCAAGUCCUCUUCGCCAAGAUAGGGACUAUGACUAUGCUGCUUCAGAGCCGCGGGACAGUAUGCAGAUGGAUGACGGCCGAAAGAGCGGGGAAUUGGAGGGCAGUACACUGGGCAGCAGUUCGCGCGAAGGGGAAAGGAGGAAGAGACAUCGUCAGAGCCAGAGGUCUGGGGGAUUCUUGCUAGAUACGCCGUUCAUACCGUCUUCGAAGCUUCUACGGUCGACGCCUCAGCAGCGACAGCAUCAACAUCAGCCGCAGCCCACGGGUGCUGUGAAACGAGAAGCACCUGAACCAGAGAUCGUCGUCCCGAAGCGAAAGUCGCGUCGUCCAUGGCACCGUCAUAAACACUCCGUGGGAAGUUCACCAUUAGCUACAGCCGUCACCAAUGCUUCGAAUGCUGAAGAGAUCCCCCAGCAUACGCUGGAGCCGUCAGGGUUCACUCCUAACACGCAUGCUGCUCAUCGGCCUGCUUCCGCUACCAUUCCCUCCCCCGUUGUUGGUUUGGACACAGACCCGGCCCAGAUCGUGAAUCUCGCUUUGAACCUGAGCGAGUCUCGAAGGAGAAACUACGCUAGCCGUUUCCCAUCGACCCCUGUACCUACGAGCAGAAAGAUAAGCCAACCAUCUUUCGCACUUGCGGAGAACAACGCGCAUAGAUUGAGUGGAGGGUACUGGCAACUGAAUCCAUAUGGGCCUCGUAGUCCCAGUUACGCGCAGCCUGUCAGUGCCUACAGGUCCCGUCAUGCAUAUACGAUUCCGAGAGAAUUCUCCGAUACAACAAGCUUAGCUCCUAUUGCGAUCGAUAAUGACUCACAGUCAGAUUAUGAAUUUUCGGACGCUACCCUGGCGAGAGCUGAGAAGGCCCGGAAUCAUUUCGAACUCUUCUUUGAGUACCUACGGCUUCUUCCACAUCUGCCUCCCCUUCGACCCUCUAGACGGGGCUCGUCUUCGAGUAGUGAAUCCUCGGCAGAAGACGAGGCACUAACGGGGCGUGUCUACAAUCCGUUGCAAUGUAUCCGCAACAGGAAGGUGCGCUAUCGGGAGAAAUGCCCGAUAGAUACUGAAGCAGAGGGAUGGCAGGACGUGUCGCGCGUUCAUGAAUGGGUCAACGCCAUAGAAGCGAGAGAUGAAACAGGACUUGACGACCCUGACACGUGCGUAAGACUUCCCCCUUUCCAAUAUACCCAUAUGGAAAAACGCGAAGUGGACGAAAAGGAUGCCGACCGGUCGACAACCUCCCCAUCAUCGAGCACGAGACGCCCGUUUGGUACGAGCAAUGUGAAGACACGGCGUCCGAGACUUGAUUGGAUUGUAACGCCUGCAGAAUUGCUUGCGGAUGCUGCUUGGUUGGAAGACCCGGUCAACAAAGCCAAGAUCUUGGAUAAAGACAACAAUAAGCUUUAUCCUAACCCAACCAUGCUGAAACAUGUUGAAUGGAAAAUAUCCCACUCAAUACCGAACAAGGAGCCGAUCAGCGAGGAGCAGGAAGCCCCCGAGACUGGGAGAUAUGACCUAUCUGGCUCUUUGCCGAAUUUUCAGCGCAGUACACAAAAAGGCAGACAUGUUGGCCGUGGACGCCACAGGCAUAGGUUGCACGAAUCUCUCCGCCACGCUACUAGCCCCAGCAGCUCAGAUAAGGACGGAAAAUCCAGUUGGCGAAAGUCUCUCAUGCGAUCUGACAGCUCUUCCAGCGACACAUCCGAUGAUGAAAGCUGGCGGGGGCGGGCUCGCCAUUCCCACUGGAGACAACGCUUGCAUGGGGUCCGUGAACGCCCAAGAGAUGACGACCAGCCUCGAAGGUCUGAAUCACUCACAAGGCAGUCACAAGAAUCAUCAAGGAGGAACGAUAUGGCUGAUGGUACUACGAAGAAAGAUGCGUCCGGUGCAGCCUACGCUUCUUCUGUCUCCCCUCCGGAGUUGAGGGUCGACCGGGGCAGGCCCCCUGCUGUGAAGAGAGUAAGGACUUCAAUGUCAUCGACUGGAACCAUCGGCGAUCGAGAGGAUGUUCGGAAGUCAUUAGAAGAUCAAGAUAGCACGGCACCAAAUUCUCCGCUAUGUGGCAGUCACUUUCCUAGUAUUGCGGUCAACCUCUCGCCGCCAUCGAGCCGAUCUCCGUCCCCUACUAAAAAGGCGUUGCCUAAGCUUAUAGGCUCAUUACACGAAAGAAGUCGCAGCAAGCAACGAAACAAGUUUGAAUUCGAGGCCCCGGUAUAUGACACCUCACCCGAGUCUCCGACAAUAGACAAGCGCAGGACGCUCGACAGUAUCGACCCCUUAGAACGUGUUGAAACGCUCGAGCCGGUAUCAGCGACAGACGCAUAUCCCGCAAGUCCAGAAGGAAGAGGGAGUAUCCGCAGAGAGGGGCCAAAGGCAAACAAGCUCAGUCAAGAGUCAAAGCUGCGUGGGAUCUUCAAGGGGGGGAGAAUUGCUGAGCUUGUUGGAAACGAGGUCUCAAAAGUUGGAGACCUGAUUCGGAAGAAAGAUUCGCACGGACAUUCCCGGAAAUCUUCAUCUGCAUCUAGUAUUAUAUCGGACUACAAUGACUCAGAUGACGAGAAAGGAAAUGGCGGACCCAAACCAGGUGCGAAGAAUAUUAUAAAACGCCUGCCGACCUUUUCGGACGACAACGGUCGUCUGUCACGCAAAGAAACCGAAAAGGAUAUGCCAAGAACUGUCAAUCCAAACCUUCCGACUUUCACGUCUCCAUUCAAACAUGAUGGUGACAACCGGAAGUCGUCGGACGCUGAACCCUCUUCUGGGCUCCAGGGCGCGAGUGCCGAAAAGGCAGAGAAUGCCGCACAAUACGGACCUGACGCCAUUCCGCAACUAUCUCCAGGUAUACCCAAAUCUAGGUUUUCAAUAAACGACCGGAGAGAUAGUUACGCAUUCCGUCCUGCCUUAAAUGUCUGGGGCGAGCAGAUCUCUCCUGGGAAGGGACAAAACCGGGACACCUACGAACCUUACGUUCAUAGUCGUCCUCCUGUUACCGGUCUAGCGAAUGCGGAUGUAUCUUCCAUCUCAUCGCGUAAGCGAAGGCCGAUUAUUUCGACACGAGCUUGGAGCAUUUCAGAACGCAGCAUUACUACUAUCGGUGAACCCAAUCUGACAGACAAGAAGGAAAUUGAACGAGUUAAGGCUCUCCUUCUAUCAUCAGGGAUCAAGGCUCGUGAAAUCUGUCGCCGCGCCGAGUCUGUUCGCAGCCCUCCCCCAGAAUUUCUCAUCAGAAGCUUGCCAAACCCCAACGAUCCUGUUCCGUGCUUCCCUGAGUUCGAAAAAUUCGACUGUGCUGCAAAAAACUUCGUGCGUACGUUCGAAAGCCGUAGAUCAUCCCUUCGACAAUCUAUGGAUCGAUUCUCCGGCGUUACCUCCCCUUCUUUGAAAUCUGAACUGGAGAAACUCGAGACACUGGUCAGCCAGUCUUUGACACCGCGUGUACGGGCUGCUGCUAUUGAAGCAGAGGCAUUGACUACCCAACUAAACACCACAAGUACUCUUGCCAUAAAAGAGCUCAGCGAUGCCCUUGAUAGGGGCGUACGAAAACGCAACCGAAGGUUCCGCUGGGUGCGACGGACGGGAUUUGUACUGUUGGAGUGGUUGCUAGUUGGCGUGAUGUGGUGGGUCUGGCUGAUUGUCAUGAUCUUCAAGGUCGGCCGCGGUAUUUGGAGAGCCACGGUUUCAAGCAUCCGAUGGGUGCUUUGGCUGUGAUCGCGAUAAUACAAGAUAGAUUAUCGCGAUGAUCUGCUGGAGCUCUUAUUUCUUUUACUCCAUUUCUCUCGUGUCAACCAAGGUUACGAUUACAGCCGCCGAUUUUCCCUUUCGCAUUUU